AUGACUGUGGUCAGCAUCAAACAUCAGAACGCGAUGGAUCGCCUAAACCUUCCUUCCUUCCUUCCUAGUUCACGAGUACUCAGGAGCGCGCUGCGCCUUGGGGAAACGAAACCGAUGGAUAGAUGGAGACAAGUUUCUCUGAUCACUACUCCCAGCACACCAUGGUGCUGCAGGGGUCGUGGUAGAAAAAGAAUGGUGGGGCAGGUCAUGACAAACCCCGAGAGGGUAACGAAGAUGACCGUUGCAGAACCAUUGGCAAGCACCGGACCCGAUCGGGUAGUUCUGAGGGCUCUGAGCCCCUUUCUGACAGACCCACUUCCGCUUCUCACAAAGCAAAGCGCUCUGCUGUGCAAAACGAUUUUCGUUGGUGCAUGGUGUACCCGCGUCGGAAACUCAGUUACCACAGGUUACCACUCUGCCGUGGACUUCCUCCGUAGUAAGACGUCACGAGGUACCAACUUCGUACAGCACGGCCGCCCGCUCUCAGAUCAAGAAAGUGAUUCAGAGCACAAUCUGGUCGCACACUGGACAGAGCCAGGCAAGACCGUAUCGCCAUUGGUCUGA